UUCGCCAUCUUGGAUUGUCCCGACCAGAAACCGAGAGGCGGCGGCGGACUUUGGAGGGGGAAAGCAGCGCGUCCUCAAUUCGAAAGCCAUAUUAGUUACGCGGAUUACGGGGCUUCCAGCGGUUGCAUUCGUCGCAUGAGCCUAUCUCGUCGAGAAUAUUUCGCCCAGGACGUCUGUUGAAGAGGUUUAAACGGAGAGCGCCUCGCAGUCGGCGCUGUUUUUGCCUUCUGGAGCGGCGGACCGAGCUUCAACUGUGGCCUGCCUGCCUUGUCGGACUCUUGGGCAAUAUUCAGGCGAUUGCGUGGAGUUGGACAAACAUCGAGGCAAGACAACGCACUUGGGUGUUUCAAUGUUGGGAAAUGGUUGACAAUUUGACGUUUUAAUGCAGCGCUACACCGCUCACCGAGGAGAAGUUUGAUUGGAGGACGGUGUGCGCUUUAUUUCCAGUCCGAUGGAUAUUGCCUCUGUCCGGUUGUGGCUUGGUUCUCUGUCCCGCUGCUCUGACAAAACAAUCAUUCCAACAAAGCCACGUUUGUUCGUAACGAUGCUGCAGCAUGUCAAACGUAUGCUAGCAUUGGCUUGAAUGCCAAGAAAAAAAUCGCCCUCCAUUGCUCAUCUGUAAACGUGGAAAUACCAAGUACCCCCUCCCCCUCUUUUGGAGUAGCGAGGCUUGCAUUACCCGGGAUAUCUUUGGAUUUAUCGUGUUGUAAAGAUGCAAAGACAAACCUGCUUCUGACUCCGCAGCUGGGAGGAUUUCCCCCCCUUUUUAUUCUUCUUGUUAUUGCAUUAUUAUUUUUACUUUAUUAAAUCUGAGGAUCGGAUUCGAAUGGAAAAUGGGAGACGCCACCAAACUGGCCCUCGCCGUUUUCCUCAUCUCCUGUUCUUCAGGUGCAAUCCUGGGACGCUCAGAGACUCAGGAGUGCAGCUACUACAACUCCAGCUGGGAGAAGGAACGUACCAACCGCAGUGGCACUGAACCAUGCUAUGGUGACAAGGACAAGAGGCGGCACUGCUUUGCCACAUGGAAGAAUAUUUCUGGCACUGUGGAGAUAGUCAAGCAGGGCUGCUGGUUGGAUGACAUCAACUGCUAUGACAGCAAUGAGUGUGUGGAAAGGAAGGAGAAUCCGGAUGUUUUCUUCUGCUGCUGUGAAGGCAACAUGUGCAAUGAGCGCUUCUUGUAUGCACCUGAUACACCCCCACAAAGGGACACCCAGCAAUCAACAGCCUACACCACAUCCAACCCCUUUUCCCAGAAGCCCCAGCUCUUCAGUACUUUGCUUUACUCUUUGGUCCCUGUCAUCGGACUGGCAGCUGUUGUCCUCUUCUCCUUGUGGAUGUGGCGACACCACAAGUUGGCUUAUCCUGCAGCCCUGGUCCCUACACAUCACCCCUUUCACAUUAUGGUGGAGGAUCCUGGCCCUUCACCACCAUCUCCUAUCCUUGGGCAUAAACCAUUGCAGCUGAUUGAGGUGAAGGCGAGAGGACGCUUCGGUUGCGUAUGGAAGGCCCAGCUGCUGAGUGAAUACGUGGCUGUGAAGAUCUUCCCGAUUCAGGACAAACUUUCCUGGCAGAAUGAGUACGAAAUUUACAGCGUGAGCGGUAUGAAGCACGAAAAUAUCCUCCACUUCAUCGGCGUGGAGAAGAGGAACAACAACCUCGACUUGGAGCUGUGGCUCAUCACCACCUACCAUGACAAGGGCUCGUUGACGGACUACCUGAAGGCUAACGUCGUGUCCUGGAAUGAGCUGUGCCACAUAGCCCAGACGGCCGCAAGAGGCCUGGCUUACCUCCAUGAAGAUAUCCCAGGACACAAAGAUGGACACAAGCCCUCCAUCGCUCACAGGGACAUCAAGAGCAAGAACGUGCUCCUCAAAAACAAUCUGACGGCUUGCAUUGCUGAUUUUGGUCUUGCACUUAAAUUCGAAGCUGGAAAAUCAGCAGGAGACACUCAUGGACAAGUUGGAACACGGCGUUACAUGGCUCCUGAAGUCCUCGAGGGAGCCAUUAACUUCCAGCGUGACUCCUUUCUGCGCAUCGACAUGUAUGCCUUCGGCCUUGUCCUGUGGGAGCUGGCUGUGCGAUGCACUGCUGCCGACGGCCCAGUAGACGAGUACAUGCUGCCGUUCGAGGAAGAGGUGGGUCAGCAUCCAUCUCUGGAGGACAUGCAGGAGGUGGUUGUGCACAAGAAGCUGCGGCCCUGCCUUCGAGACUGCUGGCAGAAACACAUGGGUCUAGCCAUGCUCUGUGAAACAAUUGAGGACUGCUGGGACCACGAGGCCGAGGCCCGCCUGUCUGCCGGCUGCGUCGAGGAGCGUAUUGGCCAAAUGCAGCGACAGGCUCCGAUCAUCGGACCUGAGGAGAUAGUCACCGUUGUCACCAUGGUGACCAAUGUCGACCUCCCUCCCAAGGAGUCCAGCUUAUGAUCAGCCACCGCCCCACCAGAUGAGCAACAGAUGGCAUGGGGAGGGGCGGGGAGGGUAGACGAACAGCCGACCCUGGUUGGUUGGCGGCAUUUUCUUUCGUCAUUCUGGUUUGGUCGUGGUUUGGUUUGGUUUAGUUUUUUUUUUUUUUUGUAAAGUACCGGCCGCUACUCGCGCUCAGGACAUACCUACCAUGUGCCCACCUCACCACAUCAAAUGAUCCCCACCUCAUGUCGACGUGUGUGCCUGAGGAUUUGAACACUUUAAACCAUUCAGGAUAUUUAUGACGGAGCAAAUGAGUUGCAGUGCCGAAACGGCAAGACAUUCAACUAACAGUUGGAUUAUGUUUUUAUAUACAAUAUGUCAGAGGUCAGCUGGAUCUUCUACAGUGAGAAAAGACUUUGAAGAUUAAUUUCAACAAACUCUCAAUGAAUUUAAAAGAGAAAAAAAAAUAUGGGCAUGUGGCUCAAUACUUUGCUGUUUUCUUGUGCGUUUUUUUUUUUUUUUUUUUGAAGAAUCGACUAACAUUCUGCCAAUAAGCAACGGCUUUUGAAUGUUUAUAGUGUAAUGCUGCUGUACAUAGUGUAUUAUGGACCCAGUCAACUUGUUAAUCCAUUUUACUUUAA